GUGAACUUGCAGAGCUCUUAAAACAGACUAAGUUGAUAAUAUGGGAUGAAGCAACAAUGGCUAAUAAAUUUUGUUUUGAAGCACUAGACAGAAGCCUAAAUGACAUCAUCAACAACGAUGGUGAUUCAAUUUUACCAUUCGGAGGAAGAGUGGUUGUCUUUGGAGGAGACUUUAGACAAACUUUACCAGUUAUUCCUGGCGGAAGCCGUUCAGACAUUGUUAAUGCUACAAUCAAUUCUUCAUAUCUAUGGGAUGACUGUCAGGUACUGUCUCUUACUAAAAAUAUGCGACUUCAAAAUAGUUUGGAUAUGACAAGUGCUACCGAGCUCAAAGAAUUUUCAAAAUGGAUACUGGAUGUGGGGGAUGGAAAAAUAUCAGAGCCAAACGAUGGUUAUGCAGAAAUAAAAAUUCCAGAUGAAUUCUUGAUUAAAGAAUUUGAUGAUCCAAUUGAUGCAAUAAUUCGUAGUACGUAUCCUAACUUACUGGAGCAAUACAAAAAUGAGGAAUUUCUCAAGUCUAGAGCUGUCUUGGCAUCAACUAUUGAAAUUGUCGAUAAAAUAAACGACUAUGUUCUUUCAAUGCUCCCAGGUGAAGAAAGAGAAUAUUUAAGUUGCGAUUGUGUAGACAAGUCAGAUGUAGUUGAAGCAGAAGCAUUUGAAGCGUUGACACCAGAAUUUCUCAAUUCCUUAAGAACAUCAGGUCUCCCAAAUCACAACAUACGACUUAAGGUUGGGACUCCAAUAAUGUUGCUAAGAAAUAUAGACCAGUCAGAAGGACUAUGUAAUGGAACUAGAUUGAUUGUCACAAGACUGGGAAAUCAUGUCAUCGGAGCACGAAUCAUGUCUGAAGGCAAUAUUGGAGAUGAGAUUUACAUACCUCGAAUGUGUAUGUCUCCUUCUCAAUCACCAUGGCCUUUUAAACUUAUCAGAAGACAAUUUCCUAUAAUGGUCUCAUAUGCGAUGACAAUCAAUAAAUCUCAAGGACAAUCACUGGAAAGAGUUGGAUUAUACCUGCCAAGACCUGUUUUUAG